AUGCGCCGCUUGCAUGACAGCGGCAUGGGCGUCAAGAGGAUCGCCGCGGCCUUGAGCCGCUCCACGGACACCGUCUCGAAGCAUUUGUUCAAAAAGAACACGACAAAGAAGUCCAAGGGCCGCCCGAAGCAUUCCAUCCGCACCCCCAAAGGGUUUCUCGCUGCCCAGCGCGCUUACAAGAAGCUUCUGAAGUCCUCGGGCGGCACAAAGGAAGUGACGGCAGCCAUGCUGAAGUCCGAGAUGAAGUUGAAAUUCGACAUCGAGACAGUGCGCCGCGAGUUUGCUGAGAAUGGCUACCAGUUCCGCCCGCUGUACGAGAAGCCUGACCUUUCUGAUGGGGACAAGAAGGAGCGCCUGCAGUGGGCCCGCGAGCACAAGCACCGGAGCCCCAGCCAGUGGUCACAGUACGUCCACGCGUGCAUGGACAACAUGGUGUUCCAGGUGCUGCCCAAUGCGAAGUACAGGAAGGUGGCGGCAAAGCGCAAGGUUCGCGGGGUGUACAGGAAGCGCAAGCGGGACUUCUCCGUGGGCCACGUCAAGCCGAGCAACUCAGCGCCAGGCCAGUGGCCGACGGCGCGCUCUGAUUUGGCUCGCCCCCAGGUUCUGAAGCAGAGUUCGGGCAAGGGCUCCGUGACCAUCGCGUGCGCCAUCGGCGCGGGCAAGGUGUUGAUGUGGCACCGGGUGGUCGGCAGGUGGAGCGCCGCAGCCGCGGAUCGAAUGUGCUCGGGGGCGCUCCAGCCCGCUGCGAAGAGGGUCUGCCCUUCCGUGCGCGGCAUGUUCCGCGUCAUGGAAGAUAGCGACCCCACGGGCUACAAAUCUCGCUCGGGCAUGGCGGCGAGGAAGUCCGCUGGCAUCCAGACGUUGGACUUGCCAAAGCGGCCCCCUGAUCUGAUGCCGCUUGAUUUCGCCUUCUGGGCCAAUCUGAACACGCGCGUGAGGGGGCGGGAGAAAGACUGGCCCGCGAGCGAGACGGAGACGCGGGCGCAGUGCCUGGCCUGGCUGCGCCGCGCGGCGUUGGCGACGCCUUCUGAGCGCAUCCACAGCAUCAUGGGCAGCCUGCACAAGCGCCGCGACUUGCUGGCCUAG